AUGAUGAUGUUUUUUAUUUGUCGUUUACGGACUAUAUCGAUGACGCCAACGCCAAUCUCAUCUAUCUCAAAAUCCUCUCCAAUAAUAGAAGCAGAAGCAGCGGUACAAAAAAAGAGAAAGAAAGUUGGUUAUGAUACUCCAACUGAUGAAAUUCCAGAGCGACUACUGGAAAAGUUUUUUGAAAAAACUGGUAAACUACCAAAAGAUGUUAAGCAGAAGCCAAAACGUCGUUCAACAAUAUGUUUGCCGCCUCCACCUAAAUGGACACCACCUCGACCACCAUCUGCAGAAAUUUGA